AUGAGUCAGAGUUGCUUCUCAGCUGAUGAUGUAGCAACAGAAGAUGACGUCAACGAUGAUGUAGUGUCUGUAUCUUCAGCUGAUGAUGUAACAACAGAAAAUGACGUCGACGAUGAUGUAGUGCCUGUAUCUUCAGCUGAUGAUGUAACAUCAGAAGAUGACGUCCACGAUGAUGUAGUGUCUGUAUCUUCAGCUGAUGAUGUAACAACAGAAGAUGACGUCCACGAUGAGGUAGUGGCUGUUUCUUCAGCUGAUGAUGCAACAACAGAAGAUGACGUCCACGAUGAUAUCGUGCCUGUAUCUUCAGCUGAUGAUGCAACAACAGAAGAUGACGUCCACGAUGAUGUCGUGCCUGUAUCUUCAGCUGAUGAUGCAACAACAGAAGAUGACGUCCACGAUGAUGUAGUGCCUGUAUCUUCAGCUGAUGAUGUAACAACAGAAGAUGACGUCCACGAUGAUGUAGUGCCUGUAUCUUCAGCUGAUGAUGUAACAACAGAAGAUGACGUCCACGAUGAUGUAGUGCCUGUAACGAGUGAACAAGCACAUAUGGUAAAGGAAUGA